AUGUCUCCGCAACAGAUUUCCAAUCACACCGUCCACCUCCUUCCUCUUAAGGAUGAUGGCUCUCCGGACCUACCAGGCGAGCCACCAUACAUCUACCUCACGCCGCCUACGCAUCCCGCAUACAGCAUCCGAUUCCAGAUCGAAGGCACUAGCUCCAUCACUCGAGAGGGUAGCCUAUGGGUGAACAUCCCGCCCAAAGGCGCGGACUUUGAUCGCAAGAAGUUUUACGAAUACAAACUACACCCCAGCUUCACCGAGUCGAUCAAGAUCGACGUGCCCGUCUACAUUGCAGGCGCUUUCGAGUUCUACUGCUCGUAUACUCCCCUCCCAGUCUUCACCACUGGCAAACUUGCGGAGACCCCCAAACCGACACGCACUGAGAGCCAUUACAUCGAUGUCUCGCCAAAGCUACACGUCGAUAAUUCGCCUCUUCCAUUGGACUCCCUCUCGCUCAUCUCGGUCCUUUCCAAGUUCAUGGGAUCCUACCCCGAGGACUUCAAUCGCCAUCUGCACGGAAUCAGCGAGCGAGGCUACAACAUGGUUCACUUCACACCUCUCAUGAUGCGUGGUGACAGCAAUUCCCCAUACUCCAUUUACGACCAGCACACUUUCGACAAAGCCAUCUUCCCCAAAGGCGAGGCUUCCGUCGCGGAGAUGGUACACCACAUGGAACACGAGCUCGGUCUUCUUAGUCUGACAGACGUUGUCUGGAACCACACUGCCAACAACAGCAAGUGGCUUGAGGAGCACCCCGAAUGUGGUUACAACAUCAAGACGGCGCCUCACCUCCAGUCAGCUUACGAGCUCGACAGUGCUUUCCUGGAUUUCUCCUCCCGAUUGUCAUCUCUUGGACUGCCCACUCGUCUCAACAGUACAGAUGAUCUCCUCCGCAUCAUGGAUGGUGCCAAAAUUCACGUAAUUGGCAACUGCAAGCUUUGGGAAUUUUACGUUCUCGACGCCGAUAAAGACGCUGCUGCCGCAACAUCUGCGUGGAUGGAGGGUAGGGUCAACUUUGAUGGAGCAAUCCCUGAUGACAUUGCUGCAUGGCAACUCAAAGACAAGGCCGAAUGGAUCCGUGAAAACUGCUGCCCUGGUAAGGAUCGCAUGGGUGAGAGAUUCCGAAGACACAUUGUCCCUGAACGUGGAGCUGCCCUUUUGCAGAAGCUGUUUGGGAAAUACAACAAGCAGCUCAACAGCUCCGGGGAUGAACGCACGGCGUACGGAACUUUGCACCGCUUCCUCAAUGAAGUCAACCUCGCCUGGUACAAGGAGUACGACGCAGAUGUCGCCGCCAUCAUGGAACAGGUCUUUAACCGUACAAAGUAUAUGCGCCUUGACAGCAACGGACCCAAGAUGGGCGACAUUACCAUUCAGAGCCCUUUGAUUGAGUCGUACUUUACUCGCCUGCCAAUCAACGAGACCACAUCCAAGCAUCAUCCAGACUCUCUCGCUCUUGCCAACAACGGUUGGGUCUGGGCUGCAGAUGUCAUGCGCGACAAUGCCGGUCCCAAGUCGAAGGUCUACCUCCGCCGCGAGCUCAUCGUCUGGGGAGACUGCGUCAAGCUGCGUUAUGGCAAUGGUCCGGAAGACAGUCCAUAUUUGUGGAAAUACAUGAUUGAGUWCACUCAGCUCAUGGCAAAACAUUUCCACGGCUUCCGCAUUGACAACUGUCACUCCACGCCCCUCCACGUCGCAUCCGCCAUGCUCGACGCUGCUCGCCACGUUCGGCCCAAUCUCGUUAUUGCCGCUGAGCUGUUCAGUGGUGAUGAGAAGAUGGACUUUCUCUACUGUCAAAAGUUGGGCAUCAGCUUCCUCAUCCGCGAGGCGAUGCAGUGUUGGUCUACCGCGGAAAUGUCGAAACUCGUACACAUCAACUGCGGCCGUCCUAUUGGGAGCUUCGAGGUUGACGACAUCUCCGGGAGUGACAAGCCAUUGUCGGAUCCCGCGUCUCCUGGCAGCAACGGCUCACCACAGGGUCGCGAGAUUGUCCACAAGAUCAUCCCAUCGAAGAUCCACGCCCUUCUCAUGGACUGCACACACGAUAACGAAACACCCGUUCAACGCCGUGAUGGCCGUGACACCCUGCCCAGCGCGGCCCUUGUGGCGAUGUGCGCCUCCGCGAGCGGAUCCAACUUUGGCUUCGACGAGUGCUACCCUCAAUUGAUUGAGCUGGUACACGAGACUCGUCCGUACUCGUCCCCCUACAGCAGCCUUCAAGCUAGUCAGGCCAUGAAGGUGGGACCAUCUGAGGGUAUUGGUGGUAUCAAGCGUCUCAUGAACCAGCUACACACCAUCAUGGGUAAGGAUGGCUAUGACGAAUCUUUUGUUCAUCAUGACGGCGAAUACAUAACCGUCCAUCGUCUUCACCCCAAGUCCCGAAAAGGCUACUACCUCAUCGCUCACACUGCUUUCCCUGGUUAUGGCAACGGAAACGCCGGGUYCGGGCCGCAAUGGCUUACUGGGACCAAGGCGAAGCUCCUCGGCGCCUGGAACUUGGAGUGCGAUCAAAGUGAGGAGGCCAAGAAGGCGGCCAUCAACGACAAGAUUUUGCGUGGUAUUCCCAGCAAGACCAAGGACCUGCGCGGCGUUACAGUUGAGGCUCGCGGCGAUGAUACUGUCCUCACUGUGCCAAGCGUCUUCCCGCCAGGCUCCAUUGCCGUCUUCGAGACAUGGAUUCCGGGUGCUGAACACAGCGAGGGUCUUGACAAGUACCUCACCACCGGUGCUCGCGCAGCUUUCAAGGACUGCAGCCUAAACGACAUCAACGCGAUCAUGUACCGUGCCGACUCGGAGGAGCGCGCCAUGUCAAAGGGAGCUGAUGGUGUUUACACGAUCCCAGGAUCCGGCGCUCUCGUGUACUGCGGUCUUCAAGGCUGGUGGUCUGUCCUUCGCGAUGUUGUUGAGCACAACGAUCUCGGCCACCCCAUUUGCGACCAUCUUCGUGAAGGUCAGUGGGCACUGGACUAUAUUGUUGAACGCCUCGAGAAGCUCGCACAGCGUCCCGACGGCAUUUACAAAGGUGUCAAGCCGGUCGCGGAAUGGCUGAAGCAGCGCUUUGAUGCCAUUCGCAAUGUUCCAAGCUUCCUUCUUCCGCGCUGCUUUGCCCUGGUCAUCCGUACUGGCAAGAAAGCGGCCACUGAGCGUGCGAUUGAACAAAUGCACCCAAACAUCCAGCAUGGACAGCACUUCCUCAAGUCACUGGCUAUGGUGUCUUGCCAGCUCCAAGGAUACAUGGACAAUGCUCGCCUCUGGCCCGACAAGCUCGAUCCCUCUUUGGCUGCUGGACUGCCCCACUUUACUCAAGAUUGGGCUCGUGUCUGGGGUCGUGACACUAUGAUCGCCAUGCGUGGUCUUUUGACCUGCACUGGACGAUAUGAUGAGGCGAAAGAGCAUCUUCUCUGCUUCACCAGCUUGAUCAAGCAUGGAAUGAUUCCCAACUUGGUCAAUUCUGGCAAGCUUCCUCGAUACAACAGCAGAGACUCCGUCUGGUUCUUCCUUCAAAACAUCCAGGACUACGUCGCACUCGUACCGAAUGGUCAAUCUCUCCUCCAGGAGCGCGUUCGUCGCCGGUUCCUACCAUACAAGGAUGACUGGUUCCCAUUCGACGACCCAAAGGCAUACUCCCAAUACAGCACCGUCGAGGAUGUUGUCCAGGAGUGCCUGCAGCGACACGCAUCUGGCAUGCACUUCCGCGAGUACAAUGCCGGACCGGACCUCGACAGCCAGAUGAAGAGCGAAGGUUUCAACAUCGACAUAGAGGUUGACUGGACCAACGGAAUCAUCUACGGCGGUAACGAGUGGAAUUGUGGAACCUGGAUGGACAAGAUGGGCUCCUCCGCCAAGGCUGGCAACAAAGGACACCCCGGUACCUCCCGUGACGGCGCGCCAGWGGAGAUAACCGGUCUGCUGUACAGCUGUCUUCACUGGGUCGAUGGCCUCAAGGCUGCGGGCAAGUUCAAGUACGAUGGUAUUACCAAACCUGAUGGCACCCUCAUCACCUACGGCGCUUGGGCGGCCUUGAUUCGCAACAGCUUCGAGCACCACUACUACGUUCCUACCGACCCAGCCAAAUUUGCCGAGUACGAURUCAACGCGAAGAUUGUCAACCGCAAGGGCAUCUACAAGGACGUUCACCGCUGCAAGAAGGAGUACAGAGAUUACCAGCUGCGCCCCAACUUCCCCAUUGCCAUGGUCGUCGCACCAGAUCUCUUCGAUCCCGCUCACGCUAUCGGCGCACUGGAGAUUGCAGACAAGAACCUGCGCGGCCCAACCGGAAUGGCUACCCUGGAUCCAGCUGAUAUGGAGUACCACCCAGACUACAUCAACAGCGAUGACUCUGACAACUACCAGACAGCCCAAGGACGCAACUACCACCAAGGUCCCGAGUGGCUGUGGCCGACGGGAUUUUUCCUUCGUGCUCUUCUCAAGUUCGACUUGAAGCGUCGCCAGACCAAGGAGGAGCGUGUGGAGRCAUUCCAACAGGUCACUCAACGUCUCAAGGGGUGUCGUCAAGAGAUUCACGACUCGCCUUGGCGUGGUCUGACUGAGCUGAGCAACAAGAAUGGCUCCAUGUGUCACGAUUCGUGCCCUACCCAAGCGUGGUCUGCCGGGUGCAUAAUAGACCUCUUCGAUGACGCGAGCCGAAUCACGAUGGAGUCUUGA